AUUAUAAUGUACUGAAACUAUACUAUUCUAUAAAUCAAUAUAUUUAGUAUGCGAUGGGGUUUAUAAAACAUGGAAAGUCCCUAAAGCGAAGGAAAACUUCUAAUAAGAAUUCAUCAUCAGAUAUAAUCGCUUUAGAGAAGACCCCAUCAUCAAGUAAAAGUUCUAAGCUUAGUAUCUUAGAAAGAUUCCCAGAAGAUAUCUUAUUCCAAAUAUUUAUUGAAUCUGGACCUCAUAAUAAUUUACCAUUAGUUUGUAAACAGAUUAAUAAGACUUUAAAGUUUACUCAAAAACGUAUUAAUAUAUAUUGUUGUGAAGAAGAAGAUGAUGAUAGUGUUUGGGAUAUUUAUAUUCCAGGUGAUCGUCAGUACUGUGAAGAUCUUGAAGAUGAUGUUAAUUGGUAUAAUUUAUCUUUAGUUAAACGUAUGAUACGUAAAUGGUAUUUGGUUAAUUUAAAUACUAGACUAAUUUUUAAUGAUAUCCGUUCAAAAAUAGAAUAUUAUAAGUCUACUAUAUUUACUGAAUAUCCCGAUCUAGAAACUUCCAGUCCGUUUAUUUAUAAAUGUAUAAAUUAUUAUAUUGAUGAUAUUGAAGAGUUAUGUGAGAAAUAUACCACACAAGCUUAUGCUUAUGCUGAUAGCAUUCUUUUAAAUAAAUUUAUAAGUGCUGGAGUUAUAUAUUAUGCUUUUGAUGAUGCUGUUAUACCUCGAGAUGGUAAAAGCAGAAGAGGAUAUGGAAUGUAUCAUAUACCAGUAAUGACUCAAGAACAGAUUAAAUUAGAAACUAUGGUUAGAUUAAAAGAAGUUAAAGGGAUAUUUGCUUCUAUUUCAUAUUGGUUCUUUCAAUUAAGGCAAAAUGAAAAUUAUGAACCAGAUUCAUUAGCUAAUAAAAUGUGGAAUCUUCGUCAAUAUGAUAUGUUCGAAGAAAUACUACCAGGGAAUAUAGAACUUCCAGAUUAUGAUGAUGAAAUUGAAUUCAGUGAAAAUUGUUAUACUAUCUAUGAUGAACUUCGUGAAUGUGAUUACUAUGAUUUUAGUGAUAUAUUAUAUGAGAAUGGAAUUAAUUCUAAGGAAAAAUUUGAUAUGGUACUUGUUUUAUGUGAUAGACAAACAUCUUUCUUCAUAAAUAUCAAUAAAAUAUUAUACAAUACUAUUAAGAAUUUUAAUGGUGAAGACUUCAAAGGUUCUGAUGCAACUUUAGCUCAUUAUGUGCAUUUCUUAUUCCAAAUGUCCCCUACAUUAGAAGUAGAAGGCAAACCUCCAAUUGAUGAAAUGCUUAGACUUUAUGAUAAGUUUGAAAAACAAGAUUGUACAGUCUACGGUAAGAAUUAUUUUCAAAAAUCUAUUACUCAAGAUCUAACAGAUGCUUUAUUAUUAAUGUUAGAUCGUUAUGCUGAAUUAGGAUAUGAUGUAUCGAAUGCUUGGGAAUGUGUAUUUGAACUUAAAAAUAAUACACUUGCUAGAUUAUUGAUAUCAGUUUGUGGUCCACCGAAUUUUCCACUUCAUAGCUAGAGUUAUUAUAUUAUAAAGUAGUUUCGUUCAUUCAAAUUCUAUGUAUAUGUACCUAAUGUAAAUUAAAUUAAUAGUCAGAAGUAGUUUGAUGUUGUGCUUGUUGUUGCUGUUGCUGUUGCUGUUGUUGUUGUUGUUGUUGUUGU